AUGCAUUCCAAGGUCUUCUUUAUGCGACUCUUCGCUGAACUUAGAGUUAACCGGAACAUGCAUCGAACCCUUGAGCGGGAGGGCUUUCAAGGGCGGGCAAGAUCAAUUCGACUCCCCUGUGCGAGCCCAGGACGAGUUAGCACCAUCGUCACGUCAGGAUCCUUGGCACAUAGACGUGCGCUAUGUGGUAACCGUGUUACGUGCCAUGCUGUGCAGGAUUUGUGCGGGGCUUCUUGCGCCGACACUUGGCAGCCUUUGGCCUCCCAAGUGCCGAGCUACUUCCAGAGCUGGCCAGGUAUGGGUUUGAAGACUCGAAGCUGCUGGGAAGCUCUUGGAUGGACAGAAGUGUCCUGGAAAGCCAAGAGCAGGAUCCCGACCUCAAGCCAGAAGUCUUGGAAACAGCUAAGCCCAGAGGAGCAAAGAUCAGCUAGAUGUGUUGGCUACAGUCGUCAGCUUUGGGAUGACUUGAAGGAAGACAUUGCUGACUCCAUACUUUGCCGAAAUGGCUCGGCUCACUUCCAACUGCCUUGGGACUGCUUGCCUGGACCGUUGAUGGAAGAUUG